AUGGCGGCCAUUAGAAAGCUGUCAAAGAGCAUCGCGUUUUCAUGUCAUCCCUCGAAGCCCGCUUCCGGUUUUCUAUCAUCGUCUUCAUUUGUUCCGGCACUUUUCAUUUCUUGCAGAGGCAUAGCGUCCAAGCUCUUCGUAGGAGGACUUUCGUAUUACACCACCGAACAGGGACUGAACGAGGCAUUUUCUCAAUAUGGUCAAGUCAUUGAUGCAUCAAUUGUGAUGGAUAGGGGGUCGAACAGAUCAAAGGGCUUCGGGUUUGUCACUUACGCGUCUGAAGAUGAAGCUGAGAAAGCAAUUGCAGAGAUGAGCGGAAAGCCACUUAACGGGCGUGUUAUAUUCGUGGACUAUGCAAAGCCAAGAUCGGGUUCGAGCGGAGGCAUGCCAAUUGCUAGAGGACCACCUGAACCAUCACCACAGAGUUGA